AUGUUUCCUUUGAGCGUUGCCUUACAUGAUAACGUACGUCAAAAUACUGAUGUUAAAAAUGAUUUUAGAAUAUCUCAUUUCCCUCCACCAUCAAUUGACAAAUGUAUAAAUCAUGCUCGUUUACCACCGGUGGGUGAAGAGAAUGUUGAUUAUUCGAGAAAUAAGAAUCGAUCGUUUUACAGACAUGUUACUAUGCUCCCCCCACGUCCACUGUUGGCUAAUUCGACUGUUCAUGUUCCUUAUCCAAACCAUGCUAGGAUCGUUCAUUUUCCACAUGUAGAAGAAACCUUGACUGAUAUUCCCUUGCAGGAAGAAAUAAAGCUUGACCUUAGCCUAGUCUCCAAAUCAACUGAUAAAAGUGGAAUUGACUUCCCGCCGUUCUUCAAGGUGUAUGACUACGAAUGUAGAUUUGACGAGGAUGAUAUUAUCCCUUUAUCAAUUAAUAAUGAUCCCAACUAUAGGAAGAAACCAAUGCGCUUCUCUAAAGAAUUUGAGUAUAAGGAUUUGAAAAAAGCUAUUAGGAAGAAAGACUAUAUUUUAUAUUAUCUCUUUGGUAUUGAUCGUACUGGAUUUUUUGAAAUAUUAAGGGAACGUGAAAGUUUUUAUAACUUUCCUAUGAAACAUUUUAUUGAACCGCUACAUCAAGAAGAAGAUCGUGACUUUUAUUUCGAAGAAUUUGAAGAUUCAGAUUCAGAUUCAGAUCUUGAGGCAGCAAGCAGUUCCAAGAUAGACUUUUUUGAUGUUUAG